ACAUUUGUUUCGAACCGAUUUUGCGGGCGGGAUUAAUCGAGCCCCCCUUUGGACGAUAACUCCUCCUUUAUAUUCCAGUACAGGUUUGUUCGAGUAUUGUGAAUGGUUGAAAGGAUUGUGUUUCGUAUUGGUUAGACGGACUCUGGUAUUACGUUUUGAUUCGUUGAUCCACAUUGCCCGGUGUCCGGGUAAAAUGGCGUCGGAAGAACACUGCUCGGUACCACCUCGAUGGCGGUCGAUAUCGCUAACCCACGUAGAGUUCCCUGCUGGUGAUCUGACGGGACAAUUGUUGGCCUACACCAGCCUGCUACCCAUAGUGAUCCUUGUGGGCUUUGUCACCCUCAUAGUGUUCAAGCGUGAACUGCACACGAUCUCCUUCUUCGGUGGGCUCGUACUGAACGAAGGGGUGAACUGGCUGCUGAAGCAUAUUUUAAGGGAGCCCCGCCCAUGUGAAGGAGCUCAUGCAACCCUGACCACUGAGUAUGGGAUGCCCUCCAGUCAUUCCCAGUUCAUCUGGUUUUUUGUUGUUUACUUCUUUCUUUUUCUUUAUUUAAGAAUGCAUCAAACGAACAACGCUCGCUGUGUGGAGCUGCUGUGGAGACAUAUACUGUCCAUCACCUUGUUAGGUGUGGCCUUCUCCGUGUCAUACAGCAGGGUUUACCUGUUGUACCACACCUGGAGUCAGGUAUUCUACGGGGGAGUGACCGGUAGCACCAUCGGAGUAGUCUGGUUCUUCUUCACACAGGAGGUGCUGACACCGCUAUUCCCCAAGAUGGCAGCAUGGCCGAUAUCAGAGUUUUUUCUGGUGAGGGACACAAGCCUGAUCCCCAACAUCCUGUGGUUUGAGUACACGGUGACCAGAUCAGAGGCAAGAAACAGACAACGGAAGCUUGGAACAAAACUUCAGUGAUUGUAGCAGUUCCUUGAUGAAACUGAGUAAAGGACCACACACAUAUGCGCGCACACACACACACACUCAUAAAAAAACACACUGGAGAAUCAUCUUCUGGACUGACCUGAUUGCAAAAAGGGCCAACCCAUUUACAGGUGUACCUAAAGAGAGUGCCAGGACACGGCCCGGAGCCUGCAGCCUGAGCAAGUCCGUCCACAUGCCUCACUUUGUACAGCUUGCCCAAAUGCUCCCCCGACGCAUAAAAGACCGUGAAAGAGGGCAUACUAUUUAAUGACAAAUUAAUAUAUACUUUAACUGUAAACUCACACACAGACAGGAACCAUUUACUGUAAGAAAGAGAUUUUCAGAAACCAACGGAGGGCUAACAAAACAUUGUCUGGUGUUAAUACACCAUGACAUUUGUCACACUUUUGUUUUGGGUUUGCUGGUGGGGGAAAUAUGAGAUUGGUGGGGUAGUAAACCCUUGUUUUUUGGGGGGGUCUUAUAUUACAGAAAAGAGAACCAUUUUUAAGACUCUGGUGUAAUAUAUAAACAUGUGUACUUUGUUAAAAUUAAAGAGAAGUGUGUGGGCGGGUUAACACUAUUUACAUGAGAAAGGUGGGCGGGGUAACACUAUUUACAUGAGAAAGGUGGGCGGGGUAACACUAUUUACAUGAGAAAGGUGGGCGGGGUAACACUAUUUACAUGAGAAAGGUGGGCGGGGUAACACUAUUUACAUGAGAAAGGUGGGUGGGUUAACACUACAUGAGAAAGGUGGGUGGGUUAACACUAUUUACAUGAGAAAGGUGGGUGGGUUAACACUACAUGAGAAAGGUGGGUGGGUUAACACUAUUUACAUGAGAAAGGUGGGCGGGUUAACACUAUUUACAUGAGAACGGUGGGUGGGUUAACACUACAUGAGAACGGUGGGUGGGUUAACACUUUACAUGAGAACGGUGGGUGGGUUAACACUUUACAUGAGAACGGUGGGUGGGUUAACACUUUACAUGAGAACGGUGGGUGGGUUAACACUAUUUACAUGAGAAAGGUGGGCGGGUUAACUUUAUUUACACGUGAAAGACCCCUGUUUCCCCCUCUGAUACAUCUUGUCAGCCCAAUGUAUUCGGUUCCAAAAUGUACUUGCAGGCGUUUAAGCCCUCACAUAGUGUACAAGCCAAGGCUAGUGUAUCUUCUGUACAACUUGAGGUCUCGAUGAUGCAGAAGAAGAGAAACGAGCCAGAACACAAGGGGCUCUGUUCUUUUUCUAUUCCUCUUCCACACAGGGAGCGAGGGAGUGUUUUCUCAACCCCUUUCUCAUGUCUGACACCCCAGGAGCACAAACCUGGGACAUGUAUUUCUCCUUUCAUUUGCGGUUCUAGAGAACAUGAAACAGUGGAUUAACACGUGUCCUUCCUAACUUUCUUUUUACCUGUCUUUUCAAAACAUUCCAUAUCAUCUGGUGAAAGAAACAAAUGAUAUGACUGCUGAGGGGAAAUGUUAAUGGUGAUUAUUUUUUUUCUUCUAUUAAACCUCAGGUCAAUCUGUAGCAUGUGUUAAUGCUGCAUUCCUCGGAAAUGCAAGAGCUGAUGUUUGAGGCUGUCUGGUGAAGGUUAAAAGCUGAUUUGGAAUUGUCAUGUCAUUAGCUCCAUAAAGGGAAGUAGUUCUCUUAGAUUAUAAUUUUGUGUAACCCAUAUCAGGCUGAAUAAAUAAAUGAAGUGUU